AUGGGUCGAGACAAGUAUGAAAAUGAGUUACUUAUUAAAUAUGGAUGGCCUGAAGAUGUUUGGUUCCAUGUGGAUAACCACAGUAGUGCCCAUGUGUAUGUACGUUUGCCUAAGGGAAAGGGUAUGGAUGACUUAACCCCUGAAAUGAUUGAAGAAUGCUGUCAAUUGACUAAGGCAAAUAGUAUUGAGGGAUGUAAACUGGAUCAUGUUCGAGUGGUAUAUACUCCUUGGAGUAAUCUUUUAAAAACAAACGGCAUGGAUGUUGGACAGGUGGGUUUUCACAAGGAAUCUCUGCGUCGUUAUUAUACUGUUGAAAAGAAAAAUAAUGCUAUUCUUAAUAAGUUAGAAAAAACCAAGGUAACAAAGGAUGGAGUAGAUUUUCAAGAAUUAAGGGAACAACGUGAUGCUGAAGAAAGACGAGAAGAACGCAAAGCAUUGCUAGAAAAGCAACAACGAGAAAAGGAAGAGAUGGAAGCUCGUAAGAAGGCAGCAGAGUUAAAAUCUUAUUCAUCUCUUAUGGAACCAAGUAAAAUGCGUACCAAUCAAGACCAUGUGCCAGAUGAUGAUGAUUUUAUGUGA